AUGAGCGUCGGUACAUAUAAUUACAGGAAAGAAUCUCGCAAAAUAUCACUAUCUUUAUUGCAAUCCAUUGGGUUUCAAGAUCAAGGUUUUGGAGAUAUCCUUGAUAAAUUUAGAAUAAUCAAUAAUAGACGUUUUCAUAAUGUCACUUCAAAAUAUUCAUUCCCCAAUGAUGAAAUAGAAAUUGGUAGAAUGGAAUUAUCUCAUCUUUUGUUAAAAAAUGCAUAUGGCAGUAAUUUUUCUUCCCCAGUAAAUGAUAAAUUAAGAGAUGGAAUUUCCGUAUUAGAUGUUGGAUGUGGAGCAGGGCAUUGGGUUAUCGAAAACGCAAAAGACUACCCAAAUAGUACAUUUGUUGGAUUAGACAUGUCUCCAAUUUUUCCGACAGAAAACAAACCAAGGAAUGCCGGAUUUAUCGAAUGUAAUGUGCUUGAAGGACUUCCAUUCCCGUCAAACACCUUCGAUUUUGUACAUCAAAAAUUUCUUUACGCUGCCUUCUCUGAAAAGCAAUGGUUACAAGUGAUAAAAGAAAUUGCUAGGGUAUUGAAACCUUCUGGAUAUGCAGAAUUCAUGGAGGUAGAACCUUACCCACUUAAUGCAGGGCCUAUUAAUAAAGAAAUUAGCGAGAAAUAUGUUCAAUAUCAUAAAUCAAAUGAUUUAUGUUUAGGAAUAGCGUUCAAAUUAAAAGAUAUGAUGGAUACUACAAAAAGUUUUGGUGAAGUUAAAAUAGAAAAAAGAAUUCUUGCCGUUGGAAAAUGGGGAGGAAAUUUUGGUGAAUUGAUGCUUAUAUACCUCAGUAUGACCACUGAAUCUAGUUCAGCAUUGAUGCUUGAAUGUUCUAAACAAAAACAUGAUAAAAUGUUUAAAACUUAUUUCGAAGAAUUCGAGGAAUAUAAGUCAAGCUUUGUUUAUAAGCGUUUUUAUGCACAAAAACGUCAACCUUUUAUUAUUACAGAUUAA